AUGUCGGCGAGCUUGGGUUACGAACCAGCCAGCUUGCUGGACAUCAUCAAAGUGGUGUUUGUCCUGACACUACUCUAUCUCACCACGCGGAGUCUGUAUAACAUUUAUUUUCAUCCGCUAGCAGGUUUUCCGGGUCCCUUUUUAGCUCGCGCGUCACUGGCGUGGAGGAUCUAUCAUUCCAUGGGUGGUCGUUUUCACCGGGUAAUUGAUGAUCGACAUCGCCGAUAUGGUCCUGUUUUCCGGGUCUCACCGAAUGAGUUGUCUUUUGCCAGCGUCGCGUCUUGGAAAGGCAUCUACGGUCACCGUGCCAGCGGGCAACCCCCCCUGAUCAAGAGCAAGUUCUACGAGAUUUAUGGCGCAGGUUUUGGCUCCCUGUGCAUCGGAAGUGAGCGCGACCCAGAGAAGCACAGCCGAAUGAAAAAGUGUCUCUCGCCUGCCUUUUCUCUCCGUUCUUUGGGAGAUCAAGAGGCCAUUGUUAGCCAAUGCGUUGAUCGCUUUGUAUCCCGGAUGGGUGAGCCUGAGCUUAAUGCUGGGGGGUUGAAUAUGACCAAGUGGUACGAAAUGGUGGCAUUCGAUAUCCUCGGAGAACUUGCUUUCGGCGAAUCCUUCCACUCUAUUGAAGAUGGAAAACCACACUUCUGGUCAUCAUUGGUUGAAGAUCAUUUGUAUUUUAUCACUGUGGCAGAUAACUUCCGACAUUUCCCCGUGAUUGCUUUGAUAGCCAAGCUGCUCUCCCCGUUUCUGGACGGUAUCCGCAAAAAGCAUACUGGAUACACAAGAGCGAAAGUGGCUCGGCGCAUUGGUUCAUCCUCGGCCCGCAAGGACUUCAUGGCCAACCUCAUUGGUAAGGUAGAGUCCAAAGAGAUGGACCGGGAAGAGCUCACUGCCCACGCGUCUACCCUGGUGAUCGCCGGUGGAGAGACAGUGGCUACCUUCCUUGCCGCAACAACCUUUUACCUCCUUCGAAACGACGCCGUAUACGAGAAAUUGAAAGCAGAAAUCCGCGGGCAAUUCAACACCUACGCGGAGAUUACCAGCGUCACGGCGCAAAGCCUGCCUUAUCUGCAAGCCGUCAUCAGCGAGGGACUUUGCAUCUACCUUCCAGGCUCCCAAGGCUUUCCUCGAGUAUCUCCCGGAGUCUCUAUCGACGGGACUUUAGUCCCCGCCGGUGCCGAAGUCUACACAAGUGCGUGGACAGUGACCCAUGACGAGGCUAACUUCCAUGACCCCACACUUUUAAACCGGAGCGGUGGAUCGACCCAGACUGUGCCGGUCAUGGCCGCCACCUUUCGCAGGGGCAUCGAUUACCUCCGUCUUUUACAACUCAGUCGCUAA